CUAACCACCAAAAUACUAUAGGAAGAAAAAAAUUUCUUCUAGGGUUUUCCGUGAACUUCCCUCUCAAAUGGAGAAAUCUGGUGGCCUCUUGAUCCCCAAGAAAGGCUACAAAGAAUCAUCAUGGGAAGAGCUAGCCUUCGCGGAAGACGAUGCCGCCGGAUCUUUGUGGCCGCCAAGAUCUUACGCAUGUAGCUUUUGCCGGAGAGAGUUUAGAUCAGCUCAAGCCCUCGGUGGCCACAUGAACGUUCACCGAAGAGACAGAGCACGGCUUAAGCAAUCUGACGAUCAAUACUUAUUAUCUAAGUCUUCUUCACCUCCUGAGCAUCCAUCUCACAAAAAUAGCGAAACCUCUUGCUAUACUUUGGUUUUUAACUCCAAUCCAAAUCGUGUUAAGUCUCAAAACUCAUGUGUUAUUGAUCAUUCAUCUUCACCUUCUUCUUUACCAUAUUUACCUCCUAGGGUUUCUUCCUCUUCUCCUUCUUUUGUUGUAAAAUCUUCAGAUGAUUCUGAAAAUAUUCUCUCUUCUUUGCCAUGGUCGUGCCCCGGUAGUUUUGUGAAGAAAAAGGGUUGUGAUCUUUAUGAAACUCCGGUUAUAGAAGGAAGCAAGAAGAGAAAGAUGGUGAGAGAUGUGCAAAAGAACGAGGAUAAAGCAAAAGUUGAUAUAGUAAACACCACUGAUCUCUCACUGAGAAUGAAUCUGGUGAUCCACGAGGGUUAUCCGAUUACUGCUCAAGGGAGUGAUGAAGAGAUGGAAAGGGGUGAUAUCCUCAAGAGAAGACGAAUCCGCGAGAGAUCGCAGCCGUCGAUUUUCAUUUCAAGAAACGAGGAGAUCAUACAUAAGGGUGGUCACUUUGAGGAUUUAGAUCUUGAGCUUAGGCUAGGGGCUGAUCCACCAAAGGGAAACUGAUUGAUGGAUAUCAUCCAAAAAAAUAAAAAGGUAGGGAAAAAAGUUAUAUACAAAAUACAAAAUUUGUAUGGGAAUAUGUAUAUCUGUGUAACUGUGUUACUUGGGUUUAAUCUUUCAUUGGGGUUGCAUUGUCUAAGAUGUAUUGAUAUAUACUGAUUUUGGAGAGUUUCUUUCUGUUAUUUUGAGAAAUUGUAUGAAAAUAGCAGUUCAAUGAAAUAAAAAAUAUAUUAAAU